AUGGCUGAUGGACUUAAUCAAGCUCGCGCCCUGAGGGUCGCCGAGAUCAUCAACGACUACCGUACUCUUCUCAUACACAUUCCCCAGCAGAAUGUGGAAGCACGUCCAGAAGAUGCCCAUGAAGAAGGCUAUGUUGUGCUAAGGGAGAGCAUGGCCGCAGCGCAGACUCUUAUCUCGGCAAGCUACAAUACAAGACAAGUGCCUACCCAAGCGAGCAGCGAGGAGACGGAACGAGUUGAACUGCAGAGGGUCAUCCUCGAUGCCAGCGCACGGCGCUUCCAAGCGCAUAAGAUCUACCUCCGAGCAGCAGCAGCCAGACGCUGGGCGAUUCAUCGGCAAAAUGUUCUUAGAGGUCAGAGACCAGGACCGCAGCAUACGAGUCAACUGAAGGCUGUGAGCAACACAUUCCGACAGGAACUUCAACAAAUAACUGAUGCAUAUGUCGUUGCUGAUCUUCGGGCUGCGGAUGUACGCGCAGGACACUGGCUGGACGACGACCCGUCUCUGAGCGCGAUUCUGACCAUGAUCCGGUCACGCUCAUAA